AUGGUUGUGGCAAAGCUGCGUUUGAUGGCGGCAGCAGCGGCAGACCGGGCAGAAAUGCACGCUGUCCUCGCACAGCAAAGAGACGGAUGGAACAAACUCGUCCUCCCCUCCCUUACCAACAUCACGCUGGCCGCGCUCAUGCUCCAGGCUUUACCCAGCAAUGAUACUAAUAACGUUGUCGCCACACUUUUGUAUGGCUUCUCCACAGCUUUGAUGUGCGGUAUGAACAAAAUGCAGCCUUCGCAGUUAGCGGAGGAGCAGAGAAUGGCGGCACGGCUCUUCCGCCAGCUCAACACUGACAUCCACACAAACCUUGCUCUGCCUCCCUACCUUCGUCAGGACAAGUGUGCAGACUCCUUCCUCACCAAGGCCUACAAAGCUGUACUCGCGUUGGAUGAGGCUUAUCCUCUGCCUCUCUUCCCCGGUAUGCUAGACAAAUUUCCCAAGAUUGUACAACCAGCAGUUUGGUGGUCUCAACAACAAAAUCAUCAAACCCAGAACCAACCCCAAACUAACAACAACAAAACCAUCAAUGGAUGGAGUGCAGAGCUGGAAACCGAGUUGAGGGGUGUUUCAGAGACGCUUAAAAGCGGUGAUAUUGCAGAGUUUGUUGGGCUCAGCCGCAAAGUAUUGGGAGUAAACAGUAUUCUUGCAAUAGCCGGCCCAUUGCUCACUGGGAUUGCAGGGGCAUUGAAUUUGAAUGGCGCCAUGUUAUCUAUGUCAAUGGUGGCGGGCGUGUUGGGUGUUGUGGGCAACACACUGAGCCAUGCAGGUCAGGUCGGAAUGGUGUUUGAGAUGUACAGAAACUGCGCAGGAUUCUACCAUUUGUUGGACUCAUCCAUCGCAGACACUUUGAGCGAGGCAGAUCCAGAGGCCAGAGAAAACGGAGAGCUAUUCCGUUGGAGAUUGGCCUCGCAGCUGGGUCGCGAUCCUCAUUCUCCUCUUGCAGAUUCUGCCUCCAAAUUUGCCGGCAAGCUUUUCUGA